AGUGGCAAUGGAAUCGCAGGGGGGGGGGGCUGUGAGGGAAGCGAGGGGGAGGUGGUGCGCCUGCCUGCGCCUCCGUUUCCGGUCGGGCGAGCUGCGAAACCCCAAUCGCCUCCGCAUCUCCCGUCCUCCCCCCGGCGGCGCCGUCCUCAGCGCGCGCCGCGGCGGCCAGCGAGCUGCCGGGUCGAGGGAGAAGGGCGGCGGUUGCUGCCGCUCUGCGUCGUCCGCUCGCUUCCCGAGGUAGCAUUCGCGCGCGCCGGCUCCCGUCCCGCGCGCGGCCACGGCAGAUCGACCCGCGAGCUCGCCUUGGCCGCCCCCGCUCCGUGCGCGAGCCGCGGUGAGGAGGCCGCUGACCGGCGCGUGCGUGCGGCGGCGGUUGCUUCUCGUGGAAGCUUCGGGGGGCGCGGCUCGGCCCGAUCCGGUUUGGUCUGGGAGCAGGCGGCGGCAAUGUCGGCCGCGGGGGAGGACAUAGUGCAGCACCUCUCGUCGAAUUCCAACCCGUCCUCGUCCAAGCUCGCCAAGCUCGAGGCGCGCAUGGCCGGCAAGGCCGUCUCGGUGCCGCCCCCGUCGCCGCCGCACCACCCGGUGGUCGCCCCCGCCUCGGCCCCCACCUUCAUGGACCAGGAGGAGCUGCCCGAGUCCUCCUCCUCUUCGGAUGAUGAUGUCAGCCCUAAACCUCAAUGGCGAGGAGUUCUUGAUACAGAAGAACACACUGAAGCGUCCGAGAUCCCCGGAUGAUGACCAUGGCCUAGCUCUUGGAAAUUUUGAGGGAUCAGCUAAUGCGGCAGCAAAAGUAUUAGAUGUCAUGGACACACGACUCCCUUCGGAAAACCCAAGCAGAAAAAGGCAGGGCCGUGGAAGGGGACGUGGUGGAACAGGACGAGGGCGUGGCUCAAAGACGGUUGAUCAAACGCGCCAUACUUCGGCUUCUUCAGUAACUGUCUCAAAUGGUCAACAUGACAAAUUAACCAACAUGGAUUCCCGAACAAGUGUUCUACCUGGGAAUGAUGACAGGACUGCUUUACACGAAGAAUUAUCACUGUUACGUGGUAAAGUUGCAUUUUUGGAGGAGGAGCUUAACAAAUCGCGUCAAGAAGCAACGGAGUAUCACCAACUUAGUGAUAGGUUAGCUAAGGAAUUGAAGGAUUUCAAGGAUCAAGAUCAACAAAAGAAAUCAAAGCAAAUGAAGGUCCUAUCUGAUCUGCUCAUAGCAGUAUCAAAAGCAGAAAGGCAAGAAGCACGGAUGAAGUUAAAGCAGGAAUCUUUCAGACUUGGGAACAUUGGUGUUAUGAGAGCUGGGACUGUCAUAUCUGAAACAUGGGAGGAUGGUCAGGCAAUAAAGGACCUUAAUGCGCAUCUUAAAUCAUUGCUGGAAACUAAAGAGGCUGUUGAAAGACAUCGUAAAUCUCUAAAGAAACGACAAUCAUCUGAUAAGGGUGAUGGAAGUGAUGCUGAAACUAGCAUGUCCGAGGAAGAUUUCCUCUUACAGGACGAGAUAUGUAAAUCUCGGUUAACAAGUAUCAAGCGGGAGGAAGAACAGUAUCUGCGAGAAAGAGAUCGAUAUGAAUUAGAAAAGGGUAGGCUUAUACGUGAAAUGAAGCGUCUCAGAGAUGAGGAUGGAUCCCGCUUUAAUAACUUCCAAAUUCUUCACCAUCGAUAUGCUCUGUUAAAUCUUCUUGGAAAGGGAGGGUUUAGUGAGGUGUACAAGGCUUUUGACUUGGUGGAAUACAAGUACGUGGCCUGUAAACUUCAUGGUUUGAAUGCUCAGUGGAGUGAGGAGAAAAAGCAAAGCUACAUACGGCAUGCGAUUCGUGAAUAUAAUAUCCAUAAGACUCUGGUGCAUACAAACAUUGUCAGGCUAUGGGACAUAUUCGAGAUUGAUCACAACACAUUCUGCACUGUCCUAGAAUAUUGCAGCGGCAAGGAUCUCGAUGCAGUCCUUAAAGCAACGCCAAUUCUUCCAGAAAAGGAAGCAAGGAUCAUAAUUGUUCAAGUGUUUCAGGGCCUUGUUUAUCUUAACAAAAAGGCUCAAAAGAUCAUCCACUAUGACCUCAAACCAGGCAACGUUCUCUUCGACGAAGUUGGUGUUACAAAAGUCACAGACUUUGGCCUCAGCAAGAUAGUGGAGGAUGACGUUGGGUCUCAGGGAAUGGAACUCACUUCGCAGGGAGCUGGAACCUAUUGGUAUCUGCCACCAGAAUGCUUUGAUCUCAGCAGAACACCAUUUAUUUCAUCUAAGGUGGAUGUUUGGUCAGCUGGUGUAAUGUUUUAUCAGAUGCUAUAUGGGAGGCGUCCUUUUGGCCAUGACCAGACCCAAGAGAGAAUACUUCGAGAAGAUACAAUUAUCAAUGCACGCAAGGUGGAAUUCCCUUCAAAGCCAACUGUAUCAAACGAGGCAAAGGAACUGAUACGCCGUUGCUUGACAUACAAUCAAUCGGAGAGGCCAGACGUACUAUCAAUAGCUCAAGAUCCUUAUCUCUCUUAUGCAAAGAGGUAGACACUACACGUCUACGCAUGGCUACACUACAAGACAAAGGAUUUUUUGGAGGUUGGGCAGCCACUCCCAAAUGGUGUAACUGUACAUAUUGUAAAUUUCGGGUUGGUCUCGUAAACUGCGAUGAUCCAAUGUCUGCUCUUUUCAGUUUAGAGGAAGUAGGGCAUCGGUUUUGAGGGGCAUGCACUUCUCUUGAUGCUCUUGUGCCGCCCCUCCUUGUGUAAUGUGAUGUUUGUUUUUGCUAGAGACCCUGCUGAUGGUUCCUUUAAAGGCUGUAUUUAUUCGUACGGUCCACUAGAGGGACUGGGCUCUGCCAAACACGCAUUCAUCAGAGAUAGGAACCGUCGAUGUUCACAAAAACCUUUGUGAUGCACUAUGUCCGCCCGGAUAUGUACGUUCUAUCUCAGUUGUCUAAAUUGGGUGUGGUUAGUUCAAGCUUUGAUCAACAACUACUUCCUCA